AUGUUCUGCAAGAGCCUCCGCUUGGUCGCGGACGCACGGGACGGAGUGAUACGCGCCGAGCGACUGGCGGUCGCGGUCAUGCAGCGUACGCCCUUGGCGGUGGCGAGGACAAUCAUCACGACGAACACCAACACGAGCGAGCAUCAACUGUGGCCGGCCUCGGGUCCACAUAGAUGCAUAGACGAACUCAUCGACAUCGUCCUCGCCGCCACGCAAACCCCGCGCGAGAAUGAUUCGCAUCGUUCUCGAGCCAUUUCCGUGGCCUUGGCCAGUCCCCUCGCACGGUCCACCAAUACAUACGCUGCGAUGGUACCCAUCGACCUCCGGCCAUUCCGGGGGGGGCCCCCGCGCGAUCGCGAGGUGACACAGCGAAGCCUGUCUGACGAGGCCGACCCUCCACCGGGCUCGCCCGCCCGCACAAACACAGCGAACAGAGCGCGGCAAGCGAGCCAGGAAGCGGCGCGCAGGGGGAUAGCGUGCGCCAAGAAGGGUGGACCGGGGCAGGGCUCGAUCGUCGGCUGCGCACGUCGAAGCACUGCGCCCAUCCGCUGCGGUGACGCGUCUCGCCUUGCCGCCGCCCUGAGCUGGAGGCUCGACGUGCGCCGGGGGUCUGGCCGCAGAUCACCUGCAGGCCAGGCAGUUGGCGUGGCGAAGCGGGGAAGGCGGGCCCAGGGGGGCGGAGGGUGCGGGAGCCUUGCGGCGCGGCUAGGACGAGAGUGGGCGAGUUCGCGGGCGGAUUUGCAGCGCACGACUCACGGUGCGGAGAGGGCGAUCGCGCUAUGUCACGGCAGGGGUGCCCUGGAGGGCAUGGCUACGUGGCCGCGGAGUCGGAGUGCCAAGCGGGUGAUCGCGGAGGCAUAUUUAGCGGACAAAUUGGGGGAGAAGCUCGUAAACAAGGCCAAAGCAUGCGGAUCCCACUGGGACGGCUGCCAUAUAUGGACUGGGGCAGGGCGCGUUGAGGAGGGAGACCCUUGGGAGCGCGAUGGCACCGAGAAGUCGCGAGGCGAAGACGAUCUAGGCAUCGCGCAGACUGGGUUCAUAAACCCGGCAUUCGAGCUGCUCCAUUGCCGUCCACCGUCCGUCCCCUGCUAUCCACUCGCCCUCGCCAACGUCAACGCUCCCACUCGUCAUCUCGUUCCGAUCGGCCCGCGCCGAUCCUGUCCCCGCCCGAUGUCGCUUUCCUCGUUUGCGCCGAGCACGGAGCGUGCGCUGCCGUCCAUGGCCUCCUUCACGUCAUACUCUGACGCACCCCCGAUGUAUUCCAUGUCCGGCUACUUCAGCGGCGCCCAGGCCGCCCCCGCCGAUCACGCGUACCCCGCCGCCGACAGCCAGUACACGUCCUCCUCGCGCACGCACUCUCACUGGCAGCCGUCCUUCCCAGCCUCCUACUCUCCCCUUCCUAGUGUCGACUCUCUCUCCUCCUACUCCUCCUCCUCGCCUCCCGUCAUGCCGUACUCCGCCGACUACGACCGCCCCGCCCUCGUAGACUCCCUCCGCGCCCCCGCCUCUACCCGUGCCUACCUCCCCCUCUCCACGCACGACCCCAACCCAGACCCCGCCCCCGUCCCCACCUUCGGCCGAGCCUCCUGGUCUUCUGCUCUCUACAUCGUAGACCCCGAGUCGCCGUUCCAAACCACGCCGGCCCCCGCGCCCCCCGCGUCUCCCGCCCGCGUCAAGUCCGAGGAGGACUCCGAUGGCGGCUUCAUCUUCGAGCUGCCGCCCGCCGGUUGCUCCCCCGCGUCCGCAGGCCCGGCCUUCGAGACGAUGCCCGAGGUCCCCCUCCGCGCCACCCACGCGUGCAAGGCCAUGCGCGCCCUCAUGAGCUCCUUCCGCCUCGACCCCUUCGCCAUGCACAACGGCAUCCGCUCCGCCGCCGUCACCGCCGCCCCCACCGGCAUCGAGGUCGGGCCCCUCCGCGAGGAGCCCCUCCUCUUCGAGUGGCAGGCGCACCUCGACGUGCCCCUCGUCCCCCCAUCCCCGUCGUGGUCGGCGCGCUCCCUCAGCCCCAUGCGCUACCCCCUCAACGACGAGCCCGAGGAGAAGUGGGUGCCCCGCGUCGACACGACUGCGACGUACGAAUCGUUCGAGCAGGACGCCGCGGAGGACGCCGCGUUCGAGCCGCUCAUGACCCCCGCGCAAUCCCUCGCCUGGAGCACGAGCUACGCCCAGCCAGAGCAGCACACGUCCGCGUAUUCCGCGCAGCCGCUGUCCGUCUUCCGCGCGCCCCAAGCUCAGUCCGCGCAAUCGCAAUCGCAAUCGCACUCGCACUCGCACUCGCACGCGCACGCGCACGCGCACUCCCUCCACGCGCAGCACCAGCAUCAGCACCAGCCUCACCACGCGCUGCACGCGGAGCGCGACUACCGCAGCGCCAUGCCGAUCCGUGCGCCUGCGCCCCAGCACCCGCGCUGCACGCAGGAGUACGGCGAGUACGCGAGCGGCGGCGCGCACGGCGUGGCCACCGGCGCGCUCUCGUGGAACCGCAGGCCGGAGUCAGGACUCACGUCCUCCACCCACUGCGAGCGGAGAAUGCAGCGGUCGACGAAAGCAGGACCAGGACGGGGCGGGUGCGGCGAGACGCAGACGGGGUGCGUCGGUUUUCGAGGGGUGCACGAAAACGGCAGAUCGGACAGAUUACACUGUAACUUUGCCACUGCCAAAAUGUUCUUUGUACACCAUCCUCUCGCGCACACGCCUGUGUGCGGAUUAUCUGAUAAUGAUAAGUUGCUGGCAUGGAUCGCAGAAUUAUGCACGUUGUCAGGAACUCUGGAUUUGCGUACGUACAGCGUCGCCCUGCUACCGACCGGCGGUGGUGAUGACACCACGUUGCCGGGCAGCACACCUAUCACAUCGUCGUGCUCCGUCGCACUCUACGGCCACCAGGCCACAAAUAAGCUUCCAGGAAGCGAUCACCAACAACCUUCUGCGUCACUGCGCCUGGCGGUGCAGUCUCUGCGCCAUGCGUUGCGCCCUGAGAUGAAGGGUGCAGGCCAUGCGCUUCGCGAACAGCGUGCUUCCCCGUGCCGGGCAUGCCGUCAUGAAGCCCCAGACUCGUCUCAUUGGGAGUCUAAUGUUGAUGGGCGAAUCGAGACCCCGCUAGGAGAUGCCUGGCACAAGCCGGCCUCGACCGGACGUCGUCAAGAGAGCAUACAAGACCCUGCGGCUAAGACGUGCCUGUGUCCUAACUCUUCGCAGCCCCCCAGUGCCCUAGUCCAUUUCUGUGACGUCGAAAGGGUCUGGAUGUCUCACGCACCGCACCCGUCAAUGAUGACUUACGAGGUCCCUGGAAGAGGGUGCGAGAAUGUGUACGCCGAUCAGGCUACGCGCGCACCGGGACCCCUCAACAUUAACGGCGCUCUGGGGUGGGGCGGGAUGGACGUACCAUGGUUGACCUGCGCCAGCCCAACGGCGCAUACAUCCCUCACGCACGCAUGUCUGUAUUGGGCGAGCUCCGUGCGAGGGGCAGGCCAGUGCGAGAGUUGGCCGGGUAAUUGGCGGCGCGUGUGCACGAUGCGAUGCGCUAGGGCAUCGGAGCUCGCGGGGAUUGAAUGCGAAAGGAAGACGGUCUGCUAUGCGAUUCUGCGAUUGUAUCUCGCGCCCCACACGCUGGGGCUUCACGAGGGAAGGCUACGCGGGGGGCACGGGGACGUGCAACCAGCAGGAAUGCGGUGGACGAACGACUCAGUCAGCCCGCCGCGAAGGCGACGAUCCUGUCGGCACAACGAUGAUCGUCGGGGGCACAGCAUCACCCGUUUGAGCAUCCUGUUCACCGUUUACGGAGUCGGCGGGAGCGCCAGAAUGUGGACAGAUGCCUCCGGCCUACCGGAUUCUAUAGAUGCGGGCGUGGAAAAUGACGAGCAGGCCCUUACAUAA